CAGUCAAUGUUGACGGCUUUCCAUUGGAAUUGGAAUUGGACGCAUAUCUUGGCGUCCGUCGCACGUUGAUGACGUAGACGGCUUUGCUUGGGGAGUCGGUUGUGACGUGGCAGAAGGCGGAAGCAAUGUUGCGGCAGGAUAGUAAUGAUGAGACAGAAGAUGUUUCGCUUUUUGAUGGAGAAGUUGAAAUGUCCAGAAAGCCCAGGAAAUCAAGAAUAAAACACCCUAUAGCUUCCUUUUUCCACUUGUUCUUCCGGGUCAGUGCAAUAAUUGUCUACUUACUUUGUGAAUUGCUCAGCAACAGCUAUAUUGCUUGUAUGGUGACAAUCAUCUUACUUCUGUCGUGUGACUUUUGGGCAGUGAAGAAUGUCACAGGGAGGUUGAUGGUUGGCCUCCGAUGGUGGAACCAGGUUGAUGAUGAUGGCAAAAGUCACUGGGUGUUUGAAGCCAGGAAGGCAUCUGCUCAAGGGAGGAAAGCUAUUUCAGAAGCAGAGUCCAGAAUCUUCUGGUUAGGAUUAAUCACAUGUCCUUUACUCUGGGUGAUUUUUGCCUUCAGUGCCCUAUUUUCUUUCAAAGUUAAGUGGCUGGCAGUGGUAAUUAUGGGUGUAGUAUUGCAAGGAGCUAAUCUUUAUGGCUAUAUUCGGUGCAAAGUGGGUAGCAGGAAGAACCUGACUAGCGCAGCAACUUUCUACUUGGGAAGGCAGUUCCUGCGGCAGACCACGCCCAAGGAGGACCAAGCAGUAUCUUGAGGUUCAUGAAGAAACACUACCUACCAUUUUCAGUCCUUAUGGAGAAUGGGGGGGGGGAAACCCUAUUUCUUGGCCUCUGUACAGGAAAUUUAUAAUCUGUGUAUGGAUUUUUGUAAUUAAAUAUGUCUCAAAGAAGUGUUAAUUGUUACCAUUUCUUACAACUUAGAUUUUACAAAGCUCUUCUUGACUCAACUGACUGCUAGACUCUUUAAUUAAUUAAAUGAUUAAUUCUCCACUUUGAAUUAGGUUUUAAAAAAUAGUGAUGAUAUCUGUGACUAUAACAUUGCAUUCCUGAAAUAGCCGGAUCUGUCCUCAAGAACUUUGCAAUCAAAUAUUGUGCUGUUUCAAAACCAGCUUGUUCAAGAAGUCUGAUGAUAAGGGCUUGAGCAAUCUUUCCUCAUGGGAGAACUGUGGAAUGUAACCUUUAACGCAUGACUUAAUGUCUACAUUAAUGUGAGAUCAGGUAUUUUUAAGCAGGUUUUUAGAUCUUAAUGAGGAAAAUAGAAAAUAACAACAACAAUUGGAUAAUUUCAGCUAAAGGUCAGGAGGAAGAGCUAAGAGUUCCAGUUUCACAAUCAGAAUAGAAAAACACUGAUGCCUGUUGACUGGCAAAAAUUAACUUUCCUGUUUUGUUUGGUUUUGAUCUGAGCCUUCUUGAAUAUUUAGAUUUCCUGAGGAACAAGGGCAAGUUCCCUUCAGCUUACUAUCUGAGUAAAAGUGAAUUCUCAGGCUACAACUAUGGUAGCCUACAAGGAUGUAGAUCUCAAUUCACAGCAUUCUAUAGAGAGAGGAGGGAUUUGAGUGUGCCCCUUUGUGCCACUUACAGAUUAUUGAUAUUAUAGAAAGACUAUUCUGAAAUUGCUAGAGCCAUGAACUCAUAAUAAACCCAAACAAGCAACUUUAGAAUGGUUGAAAUAAGAGAUUGAGCUAAUUUAAACUAGGCGGCUCAUGUAAAAUUAGCCCAAGUAAUCCACUGGAUUAAUAUAGCCCAGGAGUCCCCAACUCCUGGGCAGCAGCUCACUACUGGGCCAUGGCCUAUUUGCAGCUUGAGUUGUGCAAGCGGCAGGCCAGCAGGCAUGCGCAAAUGCAUGCAGCUCAACUUGCACAAGUCCCCUCCCCAGCUGGACCGCCAAGCCACAAAGGCUGGGGACCACUGAUUUAGCUCAUCUGCAAAUAUUUAUUUGCAAAUGUAAGCAAUGCUUCAGUGAAUUUAGGCUCUACUAAGAAUGUAGAUUUCUGCAAACUUUCUUGCUUUGAGUAGAGUGAGUUCUAUGUACAGGGCCUACCUUGUCACGAUGUGCUACUGGUAAUUGGGCUGUUUUUCAAAAUCAGAAUUAAAAUUUAUUCAGUUAUUGCUGAUUACUGUAUGGACAUCCAAUUCUUCACUUCAAACAUGAUCAAUUUGUAUAUUUCUCAAGAUGCUUAAACAGGAGUUAAAGCUAUGUUACUGUUCAGAUAGUUUAUAAGAUAAACUUAGGAAAGAAAUAUUGAUUAUAAAAAACUUUAAUAUAAGCCUAAUGGUGAUUUAUUGUUCAUUUUAAAAGGAAAAGUGGUUGGCAAGUUUCUACAUGAAUGCUGAUUGUUAAUGUUCAUAUUUGGAUAUAAAAAGUAAAGGUUCUUGGAAUACAGAAACAGUGUAUUUAAAAUCUCUGUUUUGCAUUGUGCAUGUUUGUGGACCUUUCGAAUUAACCUGUUUUACAAAGAAAUAUAUUUUUUUAAAGCUGUGAAA